GUAAAAUGGCGGAUUGCACAGAACACAACAAGCAGGAGCAGACGGGAGGGCAGCCAACGAUCUCAGCGCCAGCUAUACAAUGCAAUGUUCAAAUAAUAUUACUCAUACUUUUACGUUGCUACCUUCUAUAUGUAUGCACUCUUCAUACACUCACACAAUCACUAUUCAAUCACGGAGUAUUCAAGAUGGCGGCGCUCAUCAAGCAUGGCAAUGUCGGCUCUUCGAUUUUUGCAAAAACUACGCUUCUUGCCUUUUUAACGGCGCCAGUACGUCACUACCCUGCCGCAAAGCCUCAAAGAGGCAGGAGCAAUAAUAAAAGACUACAACCCAAAGUUAAAGUUUAUUUUAAAUCCAAAUGGGAAUGGGAUGAGAAGUCUUUGUUAACCAAAGGGUUCCUUAGAAAUGUAAAAACAUAUGAACCACCUUCUGAUGUAUCAGAAAAAUUAGAGAAAAUUUGCAAAGACAAUGGAAUAUCUGCUAAUAGUUCAACAACAAUUGAUGAUCUACAAAAGAGAUUUGAAUUUUUUAAUAUCUGUGCUAAAGAAUUCAACUAUGCUAUUCCAAAUUCAAUUUUAUAUGAAAUUCAGACUAUCAGCGAUGUGGAGAAAUUUUAUAAAACUCCAAUAAACACAAACUCACCAAUGAACGAAAUCACGAAAAUAGAAUUGCCUCAAAAUCUGCAUAUUUUAGAAAAUUAUCAUCGAUUUCAUCCAGACACUGAUACGAAAUUUGGUGGAAAAACAGCUUUCCCCAAAAGUUCAACGAUUGUUACUAGUAUUAAAUACAAGAAGAAGUAUCCAGGUUUCUAUUUGGGAAAUCCUUAUGAAUAAUUUUGUAUUAAAUCAGUUAACUUCUAUUUAAAUUUUAUAUCUAAGUCAUAAAAUGUCUAAUGUUUAUCUAAAUAAACAUUAAAGAUCAAUAAAAAAAAAUUUAGUUAAUAAAACUUUUAACCUACGUCGUAGUAAUAUUUUGGA